CAAUUUCUUCGGAUUCCACCUCAGACCUGGGCGACUCAUGGCUCACAUCCACGAUGCAGGCCAAAAAAGAGCCCUCAACUGUCUACAUGUAUGAAUUGAAUUCAGAACCAACAAAGGAAAACAGCACGAUAUUGCAGGGACUCAUCAUGCAAGACCGAUGCAAGAAUACCAGCACGCCGGUUUCACCCGUUUGAAAGGCAAAUGCGUGCUCAAUCUACAGCAUUGGCAACAGAUAGAUCAACUUCGCCUUCGUUGAGUCCCCUGGAUCAAAAGGUUCAGCAACUUUAUCAUUUUCCCCCACUCAUUAUCGUCAUUACUAUCUCAUUAUAUGGAUGUCACAACUUGUAGAUUUCGGUAACAAUGGCGACAGCAUAUCCCGCUGUGACGGACGACAACGGCACCGUCACAUCCUUCAUAGCGCUUCCGACCGCCUUCACACCACCGACAAGCUGUUCGACCAUCUACCGCCUCAACGGCUUCUCUCUCGCGGCGUAUGACCCAGGUUACGGCAUCGACAUUGACACCAGAGUACGAUGUGCGCCGCCAGCAGUCACAACGUGGUGGGAGCAAGGACGCCUUGGCCUCAACGACGGCGAGGGCCAUAUUGCCGUUAGUAUCGGGCCUCUGGUAUGUCCCGAGCGCUGGGUGACGGUUGCGACGUCGGUCAAGAACGAUACGAGUAGUACACUUGCCAUGUGCUGCCCACAUUGUUGUAGAGACUACACUCUGAUCAGAGGUAUUGCCGGGUCUGUUGAAGGAGACUGCCGUUCAGAUCUCCUGUCCGGAGCGGUGAUCACCUAUGCAUCAACAUCCGCUCCAGAUACUUCAAGCUGGACAAUGGCGACUUCAACCCUCACCCAACCAGGUUUCGUUGGUGCCAUCGCAGUGCUGGGUUGGAAUAUCGAAGAGACAGCAGCCACUCCAAUAGCAAGAGUCACAGUCACUGACGCAACUCCAACACCCACAAACGCAGUCAAAAUCAACACCCUUGCCCUGCCUCGAGAAACUGCAUCGACCACGACACUUCCGCCCUCGGGAGCGACGUCGACGCCCGAGUCCGCAGCCCUCCCGUUGCCGACCGCCAUUGGAAUCGGCGUAGGUGCUGUGGUAGGGGUCAUCGCUCUGGCCAUCCUCGGGUUCUUCUUAUGGCGUAGGAAGCGCAAGCAACAGCGCAGGGCAGGAGAAACUGUGCCAGUCGUCGAAGAAUAUCUUGCGAGGCCUCUUGAGCCGAAUAAAUUCGCUUCUCCUGCGCCGCGGUAUCACGAGCUUUACGUACACCAGCAUGGUAGGAAUCGGCAAGAAGUGACGGAGCUGCCUGCUCCACAGCUCUAUGCUGAGCUGGAUGGAAGUGGGCCGGCGUCAAGAUUAGAUAAUUCAGGUCGGGCUAGAAGGUGA